GUCUUGAGAUGUUGCAGCUGUGGGCCGUGGGAUUGCUUGUUUGAAGAUACCCCCUCGUAGACGAAAGGAGAAGCAACGCACUGAAAAGUGGUAGUAUUUUAUCGUGUGUGGGUUUCCCCCCCUCCUCCUCCCUCCCUCCUCCUCCACUGCCAUGUGUGGUUUUUAAUAAGAAGAAGAAUGUGGAGGCAACAUUUUCCAGGUAUUCGCCCUCAAAUCAUGAACGGCCCCAUGCACCCCCGGCCCCUGGUGGCACUGCUGGACGGGAGGGACUGUACAGUGGAGAUGCCCAUUUUGAAGGACUUGGCGACGGUUGCAUUCUGUGACGCACAAUCAACUCAGGAGAUUCACGAGAAGGUAUUAAACGAAGCUGUUGGGGCGAUGAUGUACCACACCAUCACGCUGACUCGAGAAGAUCUAGAGAAGUUCAAGGCCUUACGCGUCAUUGUUCGAAUAGGCAGUGGCUACGACAACAUUGACAUUAAAGCUGCGGGGGAGCUUGGGAUUGCCGUCUGCAACAUCCCCUCGGCCGCCGUGGAGGAGACGGCCGACUCCACCGUCUGCCAUGUCCUCAACCUUUACCGGCGAAACACGUGGCUCUACCAGGCGCUGCGGGAAGGCACGCGGGUGCAGAGCGUGGAACAGAUCCGGGAGGUGGCCUCCGGUGCCGCUCGCAUCAGGGGGGAGACGCUCGGCCUCAUCGGCUUCGGUCGCACUGCACAGGCGGUCGCGGUCCGAGCCAAGGCGUUCGGCUUCAAUGUGAUAUUUUACGACCCGUACCUGCAGGAUGGGAUAGAGAGGUCCCUGGGAGUCCAGCGGGUCUACACGCUCCAGGACCUGCUCUAUCAGAGCGACUGUGUCUCGUUGCACUGUAACCUUAACGAACAUAACCACCACCUUAUCAACGACUUCACGAUUAAGCAGAUGAGGCAAGGAGCGUUCCUGGUCAACACGGCACGCGGGGGUCUGGUGGACGAGAAGGCCUUAACUCAAGCCCUGAAGGAGGGACGGAUACGAGGGGCUGCGCUUGACGUGCACGAGUCUGAACCAUUUAGUUUUGCUCAAGGUCCAUUGAAAGAUGCUCCUAAUUUAAUCUGUACGCCACAUACUGCUUGGUACAGCGAGCAGGCAUCACUAGAGAUGAGAGAAGCUGCUGCUACUGAAAUACGGCGUGCGAUUACAGGGCGCAUCCCAGAAAGCCUAAGAAACUGCGUGAAUAAAGAAUUCUUUGUCACAACAGCUCCAUGGUCGGUAAUAGAUCAGCAAGCAAUUCAUCCAGAGCUCAAUGGUGCCACGUACAGGUAUCCACCUGGGAUGGUCAGUGUCGCCCCGGGAGGAAUACCAGCAGCUAUGGAGGGCAUCAUUCCCGGAGGCAUCCCCGUCACUCACAAUCUUCCCACAGUGGCACAUCCUUCCCAAGCUCCAUCUCCUAACCAGCCCACAAAACACGGGGACAACAGGGAACAUCCCAACGAGCAAUAGCAGAUAAUUUAAAAAUCAUUCAAUAAACUUGGGACCAAGAGACAUUGGAAAA